UCUGUUGCACGGGGUUCUCAAAUUCUCAGGACCGGCCCCUGGCAUUCAUCCAUUAUAUUUCAGCCCCCGCUUGAAACAUAGCAAAGUUACGGGGAGGGGUGUCCAAAAGAGCCGAUGGUUAUUUGAUCCCUUCUAGGGUUUACCGUUGAAGAAAGCUUGAGAGCCAAGACGCGAUUUAGAAGAGUGAAAAACUGUUCCUUGAGCUGAAACGAAAGACUUGCGAAAAUGAGUACCAUGAAGUUUUGCUGUGAAUGCAACAACAUUCUGUACCCAAAGGAAGACAAAGACCAGAAGAUCCUCCUCUAUGCAUGUCGUAAUUGCGAUCACCAGGAGGUUGCUGAAACCAAUUGUGUAUACAGAAACGAAGUAUUUCACUCUGUUGGUGAGAAAACACAAAUCUUACAUGAUGUAACUGCAGAUCCAACACUCCCUCGUACUAAAGCUGUGAAAUGUCCCCAGUGUCAACAUGGAGAAGCUGUCUUCUUUCAGGCUGGUUCAAGGGGAGAAGAAGGAAUGGCUCUGUUCUUUGUUUGCUGCAACCCAAGCUGUGGCCACAAGUGGAGGGAUUAAUAAAACUAAAGUGUUUGCCAACUUGUGGGUAGGACUGGGGAUGGGGGAGGGGUAAUGCUUCCUGCAUGCGGUUUUGCCUUUUCAUAUGUAUCACCCAUUCAUAUGGUAGUGAAAAGUUCAGUUACUUUUCAAUACCCAAUAAAUGGGUGUCACAUGAAUGUCUACAAAAAAUAUCGAUAUCAUGUAUCCCUAUCAUUAGUCGAGACUUAAAUGGGUUGCACAUGCAUACAAUAAAAUGUACCUUUACUACAUCUAGACUCUAGUGUUGAGGCCAUCUUAUGAGAUAUAGAUCUUGAAAACUUUAUUUCUCCUGAUUGUAUUCUUAGGCGGCGCGUCAAAAUUACUCUUGUUUUCUUGCUUUUCUAAUUUGUGUACCUUAUUUUCAGGUUGCUCUAAGAAGUAGAGUGCGUACAUGGUAAUCUGUUUUGUACGGUGUAAACUGUAUAGCCAGUGACAUUUUUAUAGGUUUAGUUGAAAAUUGCUACUUUUGCUAAUUGAAUAUCGAUGUACUUGUAUUGAGUAUUAGACCUAUUUCGUUGUGUAUUAAAAGUUUAAUAUUGAGCAUCACGAUUUCUGUUUCUUAUUUUGUAAUUCACUUUCUUUUUUCAUGAAUUAUAUAUGAAGUACUUCCUUUGAAACAUUCAUA